UCGGCCGAGUUCCAGCCAGUGAUCGUUUGGCAGUAGAGGUGUUACCGGCUCCUCUGCCAAUCUAAUGGAACAUCGUUCCUUCCAGCGAGUGUCGUCAGCGAUCGUGUUCAACAUACUAAACAUUCGCCAUAAACCGUACAACUGUCGAAAACAACAAAUCCUGCUCCUGCUAUUAUGUUGUUUAAACGGAUCAUUGAAGGAAAGUCCAUGUUGAAUGCCGAUGCCAAGAACAAAUCGGUGGAGAAAUGUUCCAGAAGGAAGUCGGAAUGUGACGGUUGCAACGAGCAUUCUACCAUUCUUGAAGAAAUGAUGAAGAUGGUACUGCUCGGCGUGGUGCUAUGGGCGGGGCUGACUUUUGGAAGCCUCGUUGCUCCGUAUCCACUGAAUUUGCUUAUCACUACUACGGAUAUCACCCACCCACCGCCAAUGUACGACUUCCCGUUCCCGAGUGCUCAGAUGCUGAAAAGGAUACCACCCGUUACGGCAGCACAUACAAAUAAGUCGAUAAAUGUCAGCAAACUCGGGGUCGCAAUGCUGCAGAGGCUGGAAAACAACUUGGAAUCUGCUGGGGUCACGCCAAAAGCGGGAUCUCCUGCGCAAGGAUUUGCUAUUCUCGGAUAUCCAUCGAGCGACGCAAUGCACUAUGAACAAUCGUCAAUGGUUGUGACUAAAGCCUCCCAGAACUUGGUGUACACCAGAUGUGGAAGAUAUGGUUUGGCGAGUGACGAAUGUGCGAGUUUCAUCAGCACCUUGAAUUUGCGUGAGAGUGAGUUUGGAGGCGAGUGUGCAGCGCUUGAGAGGUUCACGUGUCGAUCCAACAAAAUGUCCUCUCGGUACCGCACCUUCGAUGGGUCUUGCAACAAUCCAGUGCGGUCUUCUUGGGGACAGGCGUUGACGGGGUACAAGAGGCUCCUGCAUCCGAGAUAUGCUGAUGGUAUCGAAGAGCCGAGGCGUUCUCUCAGCCACAAGGCGCUGCCAUCAGCUAGGACUGUAAGCACGAAAAUGGCUGGCAACUUGGACAAACCUGAUGAUACAAAAACCAUCGCUUUGGCCGUCUGGAGUCAGUUUAUCUUCCACGACUUGGUUCACACACCUGUUAGAAAAACAAUUCACACCAACCAAGCAAUUCGGUGCUGCGAUAACGACGGCUUCACCUUAACCCCUCGGUACAUCCACCCGAGCUGCAUGCCGAUCUCGGUGUCCUAUGACGACCCAUUCUUCAAGAGCCAGUUCGUGUCCUGUAUGGAGUACACGAGAUCCGUGACCACAUACCGAGGGGACUGCACUUUUGGAGCGUCUGAACAGAUGAACCAAGCCACCCACUUUUUGGACGGCUCUCACAUCUACGGGUCCAAUAGUCGCGACGCAGCGGCCUUGAGGGAGAAGACUGGUGGACUCCUGAAGACUUCCACCGUGGAUGGAGAGGAACUCCUGCCGUUGGCUGCGAACCCGACUGAGAAGUGUCUAGUCGAGAGCGCUUCUGGGACUUGCUUUAAUGCCGGCGACGUCCGCGCCAACAUGCACCCCUGGCUAACCAGUUUCCACACACUAUGGGUGAGGGAGCACAACCGCAUCGCCAGGUCGUUAGCAAGUAUCAACCCUGGCUGGAACUCUGACAAGCUGUACCAUGAGGCCAGGAGGAUCGUCGUGGCAGAGCUGCAGCAUAUCACCUUCAAGCAUUGGCUGCCGGCCCUGACAGGCAAAGCGUUCGACGAACUGUACGACGCCUACGAUACCGGCUACAACUCAGACCUGGACCCAACCAUCACCAACUCCUUCGCCACAGCUGCUUUCCACUUCGUCAACAGUCUGUUCGACCAAGAUAUCGAAGUCGAAGGCCAUUCUUCUAGACUGGUUGACGGCUACUUCAAGCCAGAGAUGGUAGCGCAAAAGGGCAUGAUGCAAAAACUGGUUAAAGGCAUGGUCACGCAGAAAAGCCAGGGGCUGGACUUCAAUUAUGAUGAUGAUUUACGUCAUCGCUGGCUGGGUGGUUUGGACGUGUUGGCUAUCGACAUCCAACGCGGCCGCGACCAUGGCCUGCCCGGCUACUCACAAUAUCGAGUGCUGUGCGGACUCUCGCAAGCUACCACGUUCCAGCAUCUUACUGACGUCAUCCCGCAAGAGACUGUCGACAAGCUGAGCCAGCUAUAUGAGGCUCCUGGCGACGUGGACCUGGUCGUUGGCAUGAUGGCCGAGACGCCCCUGCCUGGGUCGCUGCUCGGACCUACUGCUACCUGCUUCCUUAAAGAGCAACUCUGGCGCACCCGUUCCGGCGACCGUUACUUCUACUCGCAUACCGACGAAGCGGGCAGCUUCACCAAGCGUCAGCUGGCCGAGCUAAGGCGCGCCACACUCGCGCGACUGGUCUGCGACAAUGCUGACGUGGUAUCUGUGCAGAGAGACGUGUUCCAGCCGCCUUCUGAUAGCAAUCCCAUUGUGUCGUGUGAAGAGAUCAAAAAGGUUAACCUCGAAGCUUGGCAAGACCCUUCGCAGCAACCGGACAUCUUGACUCGCACUAACAAGUGGAUCAAAAACAAAGUCAGCAACUCUACAAAAUAGUAGCACAGUGUGCGGGAACCUUAAAAUAUUUAUUGUGAAUAUGUUAUUUCCUAGCCUACGAUGCAAGUAAUACACUAUUUCAGUAAAUUUGUGUAUUUUAUUUGUCAAUGUAAUAAUUUUGAACCAAUUUAAAUAAUUCUUUGGAGUAUUUUCUUGCAUCGUAGACGCCGUAGUCGUAUGAGUCAGUAUUGCGGUUGUAGUAGAAUUUAAUUUAAGUUUAUUUUUUAGUUCCUAAGAUAUAAAGAACAAUCAGUUUGUUCACAAACAUUCUAAAUUAAACGUAGAGGCUCUAUUUUACUUAAAAAGUUGACAUUAUUAUCAAUAUAAUGUCUUGUAGACUGACGUGGCACUACCUUUCAGUAGCACCUUGGGGAAAGAGCUUGUUUG